AUGCAUACAUGCACACGUACAGAUAUUGUGGGCUUUACGACCCUCUCCUCGCGGAUAUCCCCCGAGGAUGCCAUGCGCCAUCUCAACAACAUGUACACCGUGUUUGACGAGAUCGUCGAGAAGUACGGGCUGUACAAGGUGGAGACCAUCGGUGACAGCUACAUGUUGGUUGGGGGGGCGCCGGAGGAGCGUGUGGACCACGCGGAGCGAGUGGCGGCCGCCGCGUUGGAGAUCCGCGGCUGUGUGCCCCUGCUGCGGGAGAUCAGCGGCGAGCCGGGCAUCAAUGUGCGCAUCGGCAUGCACAGCGGCGCGGUGACCGCGGGUGUGGUGGGCUUCAAGAACCCCCGGUGGCAUCUGUUCGGGGACACGUGCAACACAGCCAGCAGGAUGGAGAGCACGGGCAUCGCCGGUGAAAUCCAACUCAGCUGUACGACGUACGAGCUGAUCAAGGAUCGGUUUCAGUGCAAAGUCCGCGGCAAGAUUGCGGUCAAGGGCAAGGGCGAGAUGGUGACGUACCUUCUGGAGAGAGAGGUACGACAGAUUUCCGGUUCCCGGGGGAGAUGA